CGAACAUGCAAGUGGUGACCUUGCACGUUCUGUAAAGGUUCGACUUGUCCGCUGUUGUCCAACCUAUCUGGUUCUGUGAUGUUCCAGGCCCUGGUCGUAACGCUCUUAGGAGUGAAGUUGCUUGUCAUUGCGAGCAACACAAGUGUCCCAGAUGGUGCAGUACGAAUUGAUCCGGUCACUUUUGCUGUCAUAGGCACUAAUGGGACGUUCCGCGAUGACGAUACACCUUUCAAUCCGACAAACAGCUCACCUCCCGUAUUCCAGGUCUUCAGUGAUGAGUUCCUUGAUGUUCUUGGCCCUGCGCCCUCUAUUCGAGUCAUUGCAGAGAACAACACUUUCGCCUUUGCCCACGAAGCACCAGUAUAUAUCUCUGCUAGCGAGGACUUUUUCUUUGCAUCGAAUGGCGGAGGCGCUCUCGGCUACAGUGGUCUCAACCAGAGUAAUCAGUACUCGAAGAUCAACUUGAAGGAAGCAGAUGGAACCAGUGGACUUGUGAAUUAUACAAAGAUUACCCUUUCCAAUGAUCUCCAAAUGAUGAACGGUGCAACGUUGCACCAAGGUAACAUUCUCCUUAUGUCUCAAGGCCGUGGCAAUAUACCAGCGACUAUGGCAUUGCUCAACCCUUUCAAACCGUACAACACCACCGUGUUGCUAGACAACUUCUACGGUCGGCAGUUCAACUCGCUGAAUGAUGUCAAAGUACACCCAACGAGUAAAGCUUUCUUCUUUUGCGACGUUGCAUAUGGAUAUUACCAGAAUUUUCGCCCAACGCCGGACAUUCCAAACCAGGUGUACCGAUACGAUCCCAAAACAAGAGCUGUGCGGGUCGUUGCGGAUGGUCUGAAUAAGCCGAACGGGAUUGCUUUUUCUGCAGACGGCAAGACAGCAUUCGUCUCGUUACCAUCGUGCAGCACGGAUACCGGGGCUGCUAGUGCAGCAUUUGGGACUAACUGGACCCUUCCGUCUACCAUCUACAAGUAUGACGUUGAGGAGGGUUCUCAAUCUUUUGCGAAUCGACGGGUCUUUGCGUAUUCGGACAACGGAAUUCCAGAUGGCAUCCAACUCGAUAGCAAGGGGAAUGUAUAUGCAGGUUGUGGCGACGGUGUUCAUGUCUGGAAUCCCUCGGGUGAACUCGUAGGAAAAUUCUUCCUUGGUUCUCUGUCAGCCAACAUGGCAUUCGCGGGACCUGGCCGCCUCGUCAUCCUUGCGGAGACGAGGAUCUACUUGGCAAAGAUUGCUGCGAGUGGACAGAAUCUUGAAAACCUGUAAUCAAGGUGGUGUUCGGGAACCAUACUUGUUCACUUUGGCGUGUUGUUUCUUGACGCGCAUUGCAAUAUCUUGUUAUCAUGACAUGUGUAUGUGUAAAAUGUGAUAUCUUCCCGUGUCCCGUUAGAGGUUUGAUU